CUCGCGUAUUCUUAAUUAAGUUGGUGGAAGUUAAAGCAAGGUAGAUUACCCGAUAUUUGCCGAAUUGUACCUGAUACAAUAUUAUUUAUGACAUAGUUUACUUGGUAACAGCUAUGGAUGACUGGCAGUUGAAGUUUGACAGGAUAAACGAAAGAGGAAAACAUUUAUUGGAAACUGGGCUUUGGAGUGACUGUCAGUUUCUAGUGGGUGAUGGGCAACAGAAAAAGAAAUUUUCAACGCAUAAAAUGAUUCUGUCGAUGUCAAGUCCAGUUUUUGAAGCGAUGUUCUACGGAGGAUUAGCUGAGGGAAAUUGUCCCAUAGAAAUACCUGAUGUUCAACCUGAGGCCUUCCACGCAAUGUUGGAGUAUAUCUACGCUGAUGAAAUCAAUCUCACAACAAUUGAGCAGGCUUGUGAAAUUUGUUAUGCUGCCAAAAAGUACAUGUUGCCAUUCCUUGUCAACCAGUGUAUGAGCUUUAUCUGGAAAGACGUUAACUACCCUAUGGCUUUUCGAGCUUACGAGUUUGCUAAACUGUUUGACGAACCAGACUUGAUGCAACGUUGUUUGGAGAUUAUAUCUCUUAAUACAACCCUGGUUUUGAGCGAUAGAAAUUUUGAAGAGGUAGAACUAGGAACGCUCCUGGCAAUAUUGGACUGUGAUAAGCUAAACAUAAGCUCUGAGCUGGAACUGUUGUUGGCUGUUUACAAAUGGGCUGUCCAAGAAUGCAAACGUCAAGGACUGGAAAGAAAACAAGAAAAUCUGCGGAGUGUUUUGGGUCCGGCACUCAGUAAGAUCCGGUUCCUGACGCUCUCUCCGGCUGAGUUUGCAUCAAGUCCUGUGAUCCCAGAACUGCUUCCGCAAGAUGAAGCUUUUGCUCUUCUGAUGAAGAUCUCUUCACCCUCCACCGUAGUCACGAUGCCCGACGGAUUCUCAGUUUCAACCAUCGCCAGAGCUAACUCCACACAACCGACGCCUUUACCGGAACACGUCAUCUUCUGUUGUGAGAGAACUAUUGUGCAGCAAAUUCCCAUCAAGAACUACAGCAAGAUGGAUAGCUACGUAACGUUCACUGUCAGCAAGGAUAUAACCAUGCAUGGAAUUAUGGUGCCUUCACAACUUAGAUUGGAGCCAGAUGAUGAAAAAGCAGCUAUCCCACCUCAACUAGAUGAUGUAACAGAUCAUCCGGCUGGCACAACUUACACGGAAAGUGUCAACGUCUUCCUCCAAGAUGUAAAGGGACGACAAAUCUCUUGCGCGCUCUUCAACAAGAGAGUCGGCUACAAACAGCUGAUUGACGUCAAACUGAAUGAGCCUGCUCGCCUGUACGCCAACACUGUGUACAGAAUAGUCGUGGAGUUGAACAAACGAGGAUGGUAUCCGAUGGGAACUUACUCUAAACACACAAACGUCUGCGCUGAUGUCCUCUUUACAUUUUGUGUAGGAGAUCCAUCAGAGUCUUUCAGAGAUUGUAUUAUUCGGUCAAUCAUAUUUUCCAAGCCUACCAGCAGCCGGUAUAGCCGUAGCUUUGACGUGUUUCAUCUUCAAUCUCCAAAUAUUGACUGAUGGAGUACCAGGUUGGGUUCAGUAAUAACUAUUAAUAUACCACGGCUAAAUGAGAUCAUUUACAAAAUAUAUACAAUAAUUUAAGAUAUAUAAGAGAUAAUGUACAAUAUUAUUCAAUUAGCCUCUUGUCAUUGCGCUGUGUGUGAAGUGCGUAACUGAACCGCACACCAGCUUAUGCACCAGUCACUGUUCAGUGUUCAUAGCAUCAAAGUCUGGACCGUUAAAAUCCAAAUAGAAUCUGAACAAGUGGGAGUGUACUGUAUAGGUACAGUAACUUAAAACUAUAAUUCAUCCACAGCCUAUUCUACUAUGAUAUUGGUUAUUUGGGAUUGUUAGACUCAGUAGAAUCCCAAAGUCAAGGGUU